AGAGAUUUGACAAGUUCAGUCGGUGUCCAAGCCAGUAGCAGAAUGCUCACCGAACUACUCCUGACGAUCUGCUCGGCGGCGUUCCUAUAUCUCUCGUACAGAUAUGCCGUCGGUCGGCCAGUCGGCUUUCCGCCGGGUCCGCCGCGAAUCCCCUUCUUCGGUAGCUACCUCUUCCUGCUGCUGAUCAACUACAAGUACCUGCACAAGGCCGCCCUCGCCCUGACCAGGUGGUACAAGUCGGACAUCAUUGGCCUCCACGUUGGAAAGUUUCCCGUGGCCGUGGUCCACAGUGGCGAGGGCGUGCGCGAGGUCCUCAACAAUCAAGUCUUCGACGGCCGUCCCGGUAUCUUCCUCGCGGCCAUGCGCGACCCCGGCGACGAAGUUCGCGGAAUCUUCUUCCAGGAGGGUGCGCUCUGGAAGGAGCAGCGACGCUUCAUUCUGCGGUACCUGCGAGACUUUGGCUUCGGCCGGCGCUUUGACGAACUGGAGCUGGUCAUCAAGGAGCAGAUCACGGACAUGCUGGACAUGAUCCGAAACGGACCGAAAUACCCGCACGAGCACCAUCUGGUGAAGCCGGGCGGCUACAGGGUGCAGCUGCCGCUGCUCUUCAAUCCCUUUUCGGUGAACUGUCACUUCCACAUUGUGUACAACGAGCGCCAGUCGCGUGAGGACAUGGCCGGACUGGUGCGCCUGGUCCAAAUGGGAAUGCAGUUCCAGCGCCACGCCGACGACUACGGCAGGCUGCUGAGCAUCAUGCCAUGGAUCCGGCACGUCUGGCCCGAGUGGAGUGGCUACAAGAAGCUCAACGAAUCGAACCAGUUCAUGCGCCAGUACUUCGCGGAGAUCGUGGACCGCCACAUCGAGACCUACGAGGAGGGCAGCGAGCGCAACUUCAUUGAUCUGUACAUCAGCGAGAUGAAGAGCUGCCCCGGAUACGGCUUCAACCGGGACCAGUUCAUCAUGGGCCUCCUCGACUUCUCCAUCCCAGCCUUCACCGCUGUCGGCGUACAGCUGUCCCUGCUCAUCCAGUACCUGAUGCUGUACCCCUCGGUAAUGGAGCGUAUCCAGCAGGAGAUCGAAGAGGUCGUGGGCUGCGGCCGCCUGCCCACGCUUGAGGAUCGGAAGAACAUGCACUACACUGAGGCCACCAUCCGCGAGAGCAUGCGCAUCGAGACACUGGUGCCCUCCGAUGUGCCGCACAAGGCCCUGGCCGACACUGAGCUCUUGGGCUAUCACAUACCCAAGGAUACCAUUGUGGUGCCCAGUCUCUAUGCCUAUCACUCGGAUGCGCGAGUCUGGUCGGAUCCGGAGCAGUUCCGUCCCGAGCGCUUCCUGGACGACCAAGGCGAGCUCUGCCUCCAGCUGGACGUGUCCUUCCCGUUUGGGGCGGGAAAGCGGCUCUGCGCGGGCGAGACCUUCGCACGGAACAUGCUCUUCCUCAUGACGGCGGCCAUGUGCCAGAACUUCAACUAUGUCCUGGCGCCGGGCGACCAACUGCCCGAUUUGUCCAAGAACCAGAAUGGGCUAAUAAUCACUCCGCCCGAUUUCUGGGUGCAGCUGGAGAACCGCAGAUGUGGGUGAUAAAGAAUAGCUUUAAGACAGCCCACACUAAUUAUUUUAUAACGAACAAUAGGUGUACAUGUGGUUUGAUUUGUGA